AUGGAAACGGCCUGGAUUGAAGGGAAAGUUUUGACCCUUGAUGAAAGUGAGGCAGGAGAGUUAGAUGGAAGAAGGUUAGCUCUGGUGGGGAAAAUCAUAGCAGACAAACCACUUAGCAAAGGAGGAGUUCAAGGUGUUUUCAGAAGAGUGUGGGGAGAAUGGAGAGAACUCACCAUUACCGAACUAUCCGAGAACACCUACUUGUUCACCUUCAAAGAAGCAAGAGCAGCUGAGCAGAUCUUGGAGGAAGGGCCAUGGUCAGUGAUGGGCUAUUGCAUAUGUCUGCACCGAUGGCAACCGGGGCUUACUCUCGAAGAGCUUGAUUUUUCACAAGUGGCUUACUGGGUACAGGUCCAUGGCCUGUCAUUGGACCAAAUGAGCCCCAAGAAUGCGAAAAAGGUCGGUGAUCAGAUUGGCAGGGUGUUGGAGAUUGAGGAUCCCAUUUCUUCACAUGGAAUAAGAAGGGGUUUCUUCAGGAUUCGGGUACUAAUAGAUGUUAGUAAGCCACUCCCUUCAGGGUUUUGGGCAUCCAGGGCUGGAAAAUCUAAUAUAUGGGUCUCUUUCAAGUAUGAGCAUUUAGAAUAUUUCUGCUACAGAUGUGGCUGCGUUGGCCAUGUAGAUGCUCACUGUGUCAAGGACACUGUGAUGUCCAUUCCAGAUCCUUCGUUGCCGAAAUAUGGUCCAUGGAUGCGUGCCAAUCCUAGUGUCAGUUCCAUGAAGGCCUUAGCUGAUAUGGAAAAAGCCCCUCAUAAAGCCAAGCAAGUCAUGGCUUCAAGGAGGUACCAAGCAGCUGAGUGGCUAAGGCAGAUGGAUCAAGUUGCAUUAGAGUUCCUGCCCAAAGACCCCACUGGCGAAGAAUUUCGCCGUGCACUUUACAACGGGUACAUUCUUUGCAACGUUCUCAACAAAGUCAGUGCUGGCGCUGUUCCUAAGGUGGUGAAAACUUCUAUGACUACUUCUGAUCAUUUAACGGAAGAGGUUGCGAAUCAGGUUUCCGAAAACAUGAGGAACUUUCUAGCAGCAGUUAAAGAUAAGCAGCUCCUGUCCUUCGAAGUAUCAGAUAUGGAAAAGAAAGCAGGUGGAGUUGGGGAUUGGAAGUAUGGUGGAACCGUAAAGAUCAAAUCCUCCGGGAACGAUUUAUCGCACUCCUUAACUGGCUCUGCAAUCGAAAGACAUGCAGAUGAAACCGGGGAAGAAUUGGAAUUGUCGAAAUAUGAGCAGCUACUAGACUUUAUCCAGCUCUCCAACGAGGCCUCCAUUGAAGAAUCCAAAACAACCAAUGCUCUAACUUUCCUUUUCGAUCGCUUCGGCCUUUGGAUUCUCGAGGCUUAUCUUACAGAUUACCACAUGGAAAAAGAGUUUCCCUUGAAUGCAAUGGUGAUUGAUUCCUUCCUCAGCAAGGUAGUUAAUGAUUUCUCGACGCUUCUAGUUUCUCAAGGAAUCAAGCUUGGAUUGUUCUUGAAGAAAUUGCUGAAAGCUGAUGAUGGUCCAGUGUCUAAAUCUGAUUUCAUAGAAGCUACCUCAGAGUAUAUAGACAAAAGAAGCAACCUGCAGGCAGCAGCUGAUGUCUCCAAAGCUCUAAUCUGUAUUGGCAACAAUGAGGUUAUUCUCAAUAGUGUUUCUUGCUCUCCUGGCCGUGUCGAAAUACUUUCCGAUCUUAUACAGAGACAUAUCGAGGAUCUUAAAUUAUUUUUCAGCGAAACACGAUUAGAAGUUGGAAGGUUUCAUUCAUCUUGGGAGGCAAACAUUAAAAGAUUAGAGCAUCAUGUCAGUGAUCUCGAAGUGGCAUCUUCUUCUUACCUCAAGAUCCUGCAAGAAAAUCAAAUGCUGUUCAAUGAAGUAUUAGACCUCAAAGGAAAAAUAAGAAUAUACUGUAGAGUAAGGCCCUUGUUACCAGGAGAACCGAAAGAUCAAUCGACCGUGGACUAUAUCGGAGAAAACGGAAGUAUCCUCAUUGUCAAUUCUUUAAGAAAAGGAAAAGAUUCGAAAAAAGUAUUCUCAUUUGACAAAGUGUUUGGACCAAGUUCUUCUCAAGAACAAGUCUACACAAACAUUCAACCAUUGAUCAGGUCCAUACUUGAUGGUUAUAACGUAUGCAUCUUCGCAUAUGGCCAAACUGGAUCAGGCAAGACAUACACCAUGAGCGGGUAUGAUUUGAACACGAAAGAGACAUGGGGUGUGAACUUUCGAGCUAUAUGCGGCUUAUUUCAAAUAUCGAAGACAAGAGCAGAGGUCAUAGAAUACAAACUUGGGGUCCAAAUGGUUGAAAUCUACAAUGAACAAGUGAGAGAUUUGCUAGUUAUUGAUGGCUCUACUAAAAGAUUAGAUAUAUUUAACAAUACACAAUUGAAUGGCCUUACUGUUCCUGAUGCAAGUUGGGUUCCGGUUUCUAGUACUCAAGAUGUUCUUGACCUGAUAAGAAUCGGCCAAAAGAACCGUAUUGUAGGUCCAACCGCAUUUAACGAGCGAAGCAGCCGUUCUCAUAGCAUUUUGACCGUUCACGUUCACGGAAAAGAACUGGUUUCCGGGUCAAUUUUCAAAGGCUCCCUCAAUUUGGUGGACUUGGCCGGAAGUGAGAGAGUUGAUAAAUCGAAAGUUCAAGGCGACAGGCUGAAGGAAGCUCAAUAUAUAAACAGAUCACUCUCUGCACUAGGAGAUGUCAUCUCAGCUCUUGCCCAGAAGAGCACACAUAUUCCUUAUAGAAACAGCAAGCUUACACAAAUAUUGCAGAAUUCUUUAGGUGGGCAUGCUAAGACUUUAAUGCUUGUACACAUAAGUCCUGAACCCAAAGCCAUCGGGGAGACGAUGAGCACGUUGAAGUUUGCCGAGAGAGUUGCUUCGAUAGAACUCGGGGCAGCUAGAUCAAACAAAGAAACCGGUGACAUACUGGAACUAAAAGAAGAGAUAACAAGCCUUAAGCUGGCAAUGGAGAAGAAAGAAGCUGAAGUAGAACAAUUAAGGAGCAUUACACCAUCUCAAAAGACGAAAGUGCUUAGAUUUGGAAUCUCUCCCAAGCCUGAAGCAUACCAACGGCUUAAUGAUGAUGCUAAAAGCUCUGAGGCCAGAACUGCUUCUUCUGCCAAGCAAAGGAGGCCGAAGUUUACGUCUGCACUCGCAGGGAAGGAGAUAUCAGCAAAGGUGCCAGAAGAGAGAGCGGCACGUCCCGGAAAGCCAAGGUCACCUACAGCUCCUGUGAGGAGAUAUUUGUCUGGUGAUAAAGGAGCCUUGACUAGAAAUAAGGUGAAGUUUGAUGUAGUUGAGAACCAACCGAUUUCGAAGGCAGUGCUUCCGGCUAAAGCACAUGGCACUAAGUCGCUUGCCCAGGUGCCGGAGAUCACAUCGACGGAUAACAACUCCGGGGUCCAUGCAGACCAUAAGAGUGAUGAAAGUAAAUUGAAUUCUCUGAUGCAUUCAACAGCCUCGUCUCUAGGGAAGGUCAGUCAGAACUUGAAGAAGAGCAGUUUCUUUUAGUGUGGUUGUUA